AUGCUAGAUGAUGAUACGAGAGAGGUAAAAUUGUUGCAAGAACUGCUAUUGGAAGAUGGUGAACUACAUGGUACAGGUCGGGAGAGACAAUUCAGGUGGAAAAAUAUAGAUUCUGUGGAUGAUACUGAGGGUGGAAACAAAGAAGAUAAUGAUGUAUGUUAUUUAGACGAAGAAGAAAGUGAGGAACAGUGGAGGAAGAAAAGACAUGAAAUAGAAAUGUUUCUAAAGGAAAAACAGCUGAAGUCAUCAAUUUCAGAUGAGUUUGAUCUUCUAAGUGACAGUCAGAGCCAGUUAUUGAAGACUGGUCACAAAGUUAUACAAAAUAGUUCCCAAGUGAGUGUUCCUGAUAGUAAAUCUACAGUUAAGUCGAACAGUCCAGAUAUUAAAAGCACUUUCAGCUUCAUGAAUAAGCGUGGUUCCUUUCUCAGUCGUAAUGACCAGGUGCUGCAGAGGUUAGCAGAUUACAAUAAACAAACGAAUACUGCUGUCAAUUCGGUGAAAAACUCAAGGAACUUUUUGUUUCAAACAGUAACUGGUGCAGAGACGACAGUAACUAGCGUG